AUGGUUGCACAAGAGCAAGCCCCAACCCCCAGGAGCCUGCCCUUGACAUCCAAUGGUGUUGUGCAAGGACGCCCGAGAUUGCAGAGUAGCCUCCCGUCUGGUACCCAGAUAGAGGCCAGUUCAACCAAGGCAGAGUAUGUCCGAGUCGACAGCGCCAACCUCCAGACGGAGGAGAACACCAAAAAAAGAGGACAAACAGGCCAAGACGAAGAUGAAACCAACAACAUUCACAUCACGAGUCUGUUCGCAGCACUGCCGACAUAUGGACCGCCAACAGCCGCAAAUAAACUCCAGUACUUGCUCCUCAGAGUCAGCUCAUCGAUUCUCAGCGUGCUCUUCCUUCUCACCAUCGUCAUUGCGUCCAUGAUUACUAGCGUCCCCGACCUCCUCAACAAGGCCUUUUACACAUGUACAUUCCGUAACUACGACAAGAGACGCAUCUUCUACGACGAGGAGCAGCGCCGCGCCGAGGCCCGGCAAGCCAAGGAGCGGUCCUGGAAGCGACGCAUGUCCUGCGGCGACGGCCCCAUCGACCAAGAAGGCCUGGCCCAGCGCUAUCAGCCUACCGAGGGCGGCCGCGAUCCCAUCACCAACGACAUUGCCUAUUAUGCACGUAGGGUCGGCCUCGACGUGGAGAAGAUCAAGGUUAAGACGGAAGACGGCUUCCUCAUCGAUCUAUGGCACGAACCUCUCGCCCUCAACCGCCGUGUGUUCCAGGAAUCCAAAAUGCGGCUCAAGGACCCCGAUGCGAAGCGCAAAGCGCCGGUGCUGUUGCUCCACGGUCUGCUGCAGAGCUCGGGCGCCUACUGCUGCGGCGACGACGAGUCCAUGGCCUUUUGGCUCUGCAAGGCCGGGUUCGAUGUGUGGCUGGGUAACAACCGCUGCGGUCUCGAGCCCCGGCAUGAGGUGCUGCGGACCGACGACCCGCGCAUGUGGUGCUGGAACCUGAACCAAAUGGGCGCCUUUGAUCUCGCUGCCCUCAUCGACCGAGUUUUAAUCGACACUGGCUUUCCCAAGCUGGGCCUGGUCUGUCACUCGCAAGGGACUGCGCAGACCUUUGUCGCCCUGGCCAAGGAGCAGCGACCGGAGCUGGGCAACAAAAUCUCGGUAUUUUGUGCCCUGGCGCCCGCCGUGUAUGCCGGGCCGCUGAUCAAAACCGUCUACUUUCGGUUUGUCCGUCUGCUAUCUCCGGCCUUGUUCCGCCUCGUGUUUGGCAUCCACGCCUUCAUUCCGUUUAUGAUGCAGAUGCAUGGGCUGGUGCCGCCCAAGAUGUACGGUUGGCUCGGCUACACAGUCUUCUCGUACCUGCUUGGGUGUUCGGACGGGCGGUGGGACCGCGGCCUGCGCGACCGCUUCUUCCAGUUUGCCCCCGUGUACGUGAGCGCCGAGACGAUGCGGUGGUGGCUGGGCAGCGACGGCUUCGCGCGGCACACGUGCGUCCUGGCCACCAAAGAGACGGUGCACGGCGAGGACCAGGUUGACGAGGACGAGGACGCGCACGAGGCCACCAGCGGCGGCAUCGUCCGGGUCCAGACGGAAGAGGGCACUGCGCUCCGGCGGCUGUACGGGCGUGGCGCCACCGCCUGGUACGACGAACAGGCGCCGCCCAUGGCGCUGUGGGUGUGCGAAAAGGAUGAGCUUGUCGACGGGCGACGACUACUACGCCGCUUCGGCAACGGCCGGGAACCUCAUGUCAGGCUCGUCCAUAGCAAAGUCGUGGCCGGGUACGAACACCUCGACGUGUUAUGGGCCAUGGAUGCUGUAGACCAAGUCUUUGUUGAAGUGCGUGAGGUAUUGUGGAAGACGUGGCCGAACAGAAGAGAGUGUGUGGUUCCGGAAGGCUGUAAGGGGGUGCCUGAGUGGCAGCCCGCGGUUACACAAGGUACAAGACGACCGCAUCGACCGGCGUGCUGA